AUGAUGCCGCUCACUGCUUUCUGCGUGGUUGCUGCACUUUCUCUCUCUGCUGGAAUCUGUGAAGCGUCACAGGUGUCCGAGAAUAAUGUGGAGCUGUUGCAGCGCAAGCUGACGCUGGAGCCAAGAUUGCCUCCUCACGUGCUGCUCUUUGUCGCAGAUGACGUGGGCUGGGCGGGUCUUGGGGCCCACCGAACCGCUGGAAAUUCAGCAGAGGCCCAGGGCAAAGCCGAGACGCAGACCCCAAUUUUGGAUAAGCUUAUCCAAGACGGGGUGCUUCUAGAGAGGCAUUAUGCUGCUUCAAACUCCGUGCCAUCUAGGUGUUCCCUGAUCAGUGGCCGGUUGCCCCGAGAUUUUCCAGUUGCCCCUAGAGGGAUGUCAAAUCCUGCAACAUAUUGGAAUCCAUCAGACAACGUCUCUGGCUUCUAUGGCAUUCCACGAAACAUGACAGGUAUCGGCAGCAAGUUAAAGCAGGCAGGCUACGCCACUCAUUAUGUUGGGAAGUGGGCUGCGGGCCAUGCCACUCCAGAGCAGACUCCCUUAGGCAGAGGCUUUGAUUCGUUCCUUGGGUUCCUAGGCAACGAGAAUGAUUAUUGGACCAAGCAAAGUGAUUUGGAGGAUUUCAUUGCAGAUCCAUGCCUUUACAAAUUCCAGGAUUUUUCUUUCUACAAUGCCACAUACCGUGGUGGUGUUGCUGACACGAUUGCCGUAGAACUCGGCUGCGACGAACGCGUGAAAGGCAAGUCCUUCACAAAAACUGGCUGCAGCGAAGCGGAUCCCAACGAUUGCUUGCCUGAGAAGUGUUACGAAGAGUCCAUGCUUGUUGAAUAUGCCGCGAGACUCAUCCAGAACCACAACUCUUCGAAGCCAUUGUUCCUUACUUAUGCAUCGCACGAGGUGCACCUUCCACUGGAAAUCACAGCUUCAGCCUUAAAGUUAGAAGAGAAGGCGCAGAAGUUUCUUGAGGGGAGUGGUGUUGAAAGAAAACUUCCCUGGACAAUGGCCCGCAAAUACAUGGCUGCAAGCUUAUCUUACAUGGACUCCGCAAUGGGAAGGCUUAUUGAUACUCUGAAGGAUCGCGGCAUGUUUGAAGAUACGCUGAUCAUUUUCAUUUCCGACAACGGUGCUAGCCUACAGUUGACAGCAGGUGGGAACAAUUAUCCCUUGAAAUCGGGAAAGUUCUCAGAUUGGGAAGGCGGGGUGCGCACCAAUGCUUUCCUCUCUGGAGGUUUCAUCCCAGCCAGACAUCGCGGCAGCAGUUUUCAUGGGGUCAUCCACAUCGCCGACUGGUAUGCAACUCUUUGCAGUUUGGCUGGUGUGAGCCAUGUCGAUGAUGUUUCUGCCCAAGCCAAUGAGCUCCUUCGUCUCCAGGGUAAACCACUGCUAGGUGAGGUAGAGGGGCGGCCGCAGCUGCAGAACAUCUUCUCCGGAAUCAAUGGCCGGUUGGAUGUCUUACAUUUGAGCACAAACGCAGUAUUGCGGUGGCCUUACAAGCUGGUUACUGGGCAGCAAGGAGACAGCUUCUGGCCUGGCCCAGUCUUCCCGAAUUGCAGCAGCGACGGCCCAGAUGGUGCUUUUGUGGAUGUCUACACACACAUGAUUCCCAUUGACCCACCGGAUUUCAACAUGUUGGAGGAUUGUGGAGUGAGUGGCUGCCUCUUCGACGUCGAAGCCGACCCGGGGGAGCGCUCAGAUCUUUCAUCCGACGGAGACUAUGCCACUGUCCUAAAAAGCUUACAAGAAGAGCUGAAGAGUCUCAAUUCGAAGACUCUCGCGGCAGCCAUUGGUGAGUCACAUCCAGAAGCUUGCUUGCAAGCGUUCCAGUUGGGCGGCUUCGUGGGUCCAUUUGUCGAUGUGGGCGACUUCUACACAGCUCAAGUCCCGGGUGGUAAAGAGCUGGAGGCUUACAGACAGGAGCUGAUGGAGCUGCACGAGAAUUUGACAGAUCCCGGCUUCGUCAAUCGAACUGCUGAAGCCUUGAAACAGCGAGUCUUGAGCCAGAGAAGUACAGUGAGCUCAGAGUGUUUCACGGAAUGA